UCACAAGUUCCCUGCGGUCAGGACCUUUGGCCUCCGACUCCCACACUCGAACACUCAAACAACCCCUCGUCCACGCAACUUUGUCCUGCUUUCAACCUCACCCAACAAACACAGAGAUACAGCAUAUUCUCCUCCCAGACCAACAACUAAGAAAAGUCUCUAUAGACAACGGUGUCCUUCCCUAGACACAUCGUCUAACUCUCCACAAAAACGCACCACAUCAAGCACACGAACAAGCCGGACAAGCCCAAGAAGCACCGGCACGAUGGCCAGCCCUAAGGAGAGACGCAUCGCAAAGGAGCUGAUGGACAUCCAAGCCGACAGGGACAACUCCGGCGUCUUCGCGUACCCCAUCGACGAGUCCAACCUCCUCCACCUCAAGGGCUCGUUCCCCGCCCCUCCCGACACCCCCUACGCCGGCGGACAGUUCGAAGUUGACAUCAAAAUCCCCGACAACUACCCCUUCAAGUCCCCCAUCAUCAAGUUCGACACCAAGAUCUGGCACCCCAAUGUCAGCAGCCAAACCGGCGCCAUCUGCCUCGAUACUCUGGGCAGUGGCUGGUCUCCCGUCCAGACCAUCAAGACUGCCCUCCUCUCCCUCCGCAUGCUCCUCGAGUUCCCGAACCCCAAAGACCCCCAAGAUGCUGAGGUCGCCAAAAUGAUGCUUGAGAACCCUGAAGGUUUCGCAAAGAAGGCGCAUGAAUGGGCUGUGAAGCACGCUGGUGCCCCGCCCAAAGACUUCGACACUACAAAGUGGAAGAAGGAGUCUGCAGCUGAAGCCAAAGCCAACGACGAGAACAGGUACAUGGGCUACAACAAGGAGCUUGUCGACCGCUUUGUCAACAUGGGAUUUGAGGUGGAUGCUGUUGUUGACGCCUUUAUCUUUGUGGGUAUUGACCGCAACAACGGCGCAGACUACGAGCUGGAGGAGGCUUAUAUGGGAGACAUCACUGCUCGUCUUCUGGGCGAGCAGUAAUGCAAACUUUAAACGCCAAAUCUCUAUGCUACUUGACGACUGAAGACGGCGCCUUGGGGCCUCGGUCUUUGGCGCCAUCCCGGUCAGAUGGAGACAUGGGAAAGCAGUCACAGGGACACCGAAUCAUGAGGCAGCGGGCGGCGGCAUUGCAUUGGACAUGGAGUUGGUCAACAUCUAGAAGGGGGUAAUCGGCGGAUUCGAAUUUCUCUUCCCUAUCCCAGCAGGCGUACGGCGACGCAGGCUUGGACUUUGAGGCAGACGCAGUGCGGAACCUGAAGCCAGCGUCAGGAAACCCCAGCUCUUCAGAGCUCAACCGCCUGCCCACAGUCGGGUGUGUUGGAUCUGACUGCGUUUCAAAGCUUCCGGUCGGGUUUAAGUGGGAAUAGGAAACGAGCGGCUGGGUCUUGGAAGGGCAUGGAAUUUUCGAUUCUGCCCGGGCUUCGUGCCUUGGGCAGUUCUGCAUCACGGACAUGGCGUUUGGGGCACCGGAGGGACACGCGCGUCUUAUUACUGGCUCUGGUUUUCGAGAUUAGUUCUCUCAGUCCGAGAACUAUGUAAGAUACAACAGGCAGCGACCUUUUUUCAUUUCUUUUUUUGUGCACGGAGGUAGGUAGCAUGGACGCAAACUUAGCUUUAGCAGCAUUGCAGCACGUCGCAUCACAUCUCAUCGCUUCCUUUCCCCCGGCUUCUGCUCCCCCCCUUCCCCAUAUUUUCUGGGCCGCGACCGCUUCCCCUCGGGGUUCGGGGACGGGGACCCUUGCUUCCUCGGGUAUGGGAUGGGGAGUCGUACGACGGCAGGGCCCCGACGUGCCGAGAUGGCGCAUGACGGCAACGAAUGGGGAGCGGGCGAGCGGGUAGUGAGCGGGUUUGGCAA